CGGUCAAACCGCAUUGCCAAACGAAGCCUCAUAUCACCUCCGCGCUAUAAAACCCUAGGAAGGGUAGGGCGAACAGAGGGAGAGUGAAAAACCAGAGAAGAUAGCCCCCAUUGUUGGCUGUGGUCGUAGGAAGAGCAACUCGUCAUUUUUUCGCAGAUCUUAAGGCAAGCAUGGCGGAUACAGAAAAUCAAAGCGAAGUGAAGGAGGAGGUAGCAGAUAUUGCCCCAUUUGAUCCCACUAAAAAGAAGAAAAAGAAGAAGGUUGUAAUUCAAGAUCCUGCAGAUGAUGCUGUGGACAAGUUGGCUGAGAAAACUGAAAGCUUAUCAGUUUCUGAUGGUCUUGAGAAUACCUUUUCUGGUUUGAAAAAGAAGAAGAAAAAACCAGUCCAGACUGAUGCAUUCAGUGAUGAGAAAGAGAAUACAGGGGAUGAUUUCGAGGAUCAUAUUGGAGAUGAUGAAGAAGGGGAAGGAAUUAUCUUGCAACCACAGUUCCCAUGGGAAGGGAGUGAUCGGGAUUAUGAAUAUGAGGAGCUUCUGGGCCGUGUGUUCAACAUUCUACGUGAGAACAAUCCUGAGCUUGCGGGAGAUAGGCGCAGAACAGUCAUGAGACCUCCUCAAGUUCUGCGUGAAGGCACAAAGAAAACUGUCUUUGUCAACUUCAUGGAUCUCUGCAAGACGAUGCAUAGGCAGCCAGAGCAUGUGAUGACUUUCUUGCUGGCUGAAAUGGGGACAAGUGGAUCACUUGAUGGACAGCAAAGAUUAGUUGUGAAGGGAAGAUUUGCACCAAAAAAUUUUGAAGGGAUCUUGCGGAGAUAUGUCAAUGAAUAUGUUAUCUGUAAUGGUUGCAAGAGUCCAGACACAAUUCUCUCGAAAGAGAAUCGUCUUUUCUUCCUCAGAUGUGAGAAGUGUGGUUCAGGGCGAUCAGUUGCUCCAAUCAAGGCUGGUUUUGUAGCCCGUGUUGGCCGUCGUAAGGCUGGAACAUGAUCUCAGCCAAUAGUAGUCAGGAAUAUGUUGACGAGCAUCGUUUUCAGUUUGUGUCAGUAAUGUGGUAUUUUGUUAAUUUUGAAGGAUGGUGGUACGCCCUUUCAACGAUAAACCCUAUAUUAUACAACAGAAGCGAGUGAUCUUUUGUUUGUGGACGA